AUGGACCUCACUCUUCUGUGGGUGCUUCUGCCACUGGUCACCGUGACCUGGGGACAGUAUGGUGACUACGGGUACCCACAUCAGCAGUACCAUGACUAUAGUGAUGAUGGGUGGGUGAAUCUGAACCGGCAGGGCUUCAGCUACCAGUGUCCCCAUGGGCAGGUGGUGGUGGCUGUGAGGAGCAUCUUCAACAAGAAGGAAGGUUCUGACAGACAGUGGAACUACGCCUGCAUGCCCACGCCUCAGAGCCUGGGGGAGCCCACAGAAUGCUGGUGGGAGGAGAUCAACAGGGCUGGAAUGGAAUGGUACCAGACGUGCUCCAACAAUGGACUGGUGGCAGGGUUCCAGAGCCGCUAUUUCGAGUCAGUGCUGGAUCGGGAGUGGCAAUUUUACUGUUGUCGCUACAGCAAGAGAUGCCCAUAUUCCUGCUGGCUGACAACAGAAUAUCCAGGCCACUAUGGUGAGGAAAUGGACAUGAUUUCCUACAAUUAUGAUUACUAUAUACGAGGAGCAACAACCACUUUCUCUCCAGUGGAAAGGGAUCGCCAGUGGAAGUUCAUAAUGUGCCGGAUGACUGACUACAACUGUGAAUUUGCAAAUGUUUAG